CAAGUCGGUCCUUCGCUCGCCUGCUGCUCCUCCGACACCACCAGCCCAGCUACCGGCCCGCCAUGGUACCUGAAGAAGAGCUCCCAGUCCUCGAGUCGCUCGUCCACAUCCGCAACCGGCUCACGGCCCUCAAGAAGGACCGCACCGAGUACAUCCGCGCAAAGGACGUCCUCGACGUGUUUGCCUCGCUCAUGGACAUCGUCACCCGCCUCAACGACAUUCGCGCCCAGCCCAAACCCUCGACCUCGUCGGCCGCGUCUUCGUCGUCGGCCGCGCCCGACGAGCCCGUCGUCGUCGAGACCGAGGAGAACCGCGUCGACACGAUCCUCAACGACGUCUUCCAGCUCCUGUCGCUCUUCUUCCUCCGCAUUGGCAAGUCGCGCGAGAGCCCAGCCACGUUCUGCCAGCUUGGUACCAUGAAGCGUCUUCUCACACACCUCAACGAGAGCGGCAUCUACACCGAGGCCGACCUCAAGCCGUACCAGUCGCGCCUUGCCGAGCUCAAGCUCAUCAUCAACGAGGGUGCGCCCUCGGACGACGACGGCCGCGACGCGACCGACCGCGCGCGCGACACGGCCAUGACCAAGCUCCUCCUGUCCAAGUGGGACGCGUGCGACCGCCUCGUGACCAAGCUCGCGUCGUCCCUGUCGCAGCUCGCGCCCGAGCUCUUCCCGCUCCACCAGCGCCUCAUCACGCUCCGGCGCACGCUCGCCGGCAUCGCCGCGAGGCCACGGCCCUCGGCCGCCGACGUGGCGCCCAUCCUCGCCGAGCUGCGCCAGAUCGAGGACAAGCGCCAAGAGUGCGGCGGCAAGUUUGCCGUCGAGAUCCCCUCGGCGUCGUCGAUCGCGGCCUCGGCCGCCGCCGACGAGGCGCAGCGCCUGUCGGGCGAGGUGUUUGCGCCCGACAAGGGCCAGGAGCUCCUCGCCGGCCUCUUGCAGGACAACUUUGACAUCUGCGAGGACAUCAAGGCGCGCGAGGGCGAGCACGAGGUGGCGAGGGGCCCGCUGCAGCCCAUCUACGACCGCCUGAGCGAGAUCCGGGCCCAGCUCGAGCGCCUCGUCUUGACGCACCGGUGGACCUUGAGGGAGACGGACCUGUACAACUACCAGAACGAGCUCGCGAGGGUCGAUGCGCUGCGGGUCGACGGCAAGUUCCGUGACGCAGACGGCAACGUGCCGGAAGGACAGCUCGUCCUGCUGUACCUCCUGCGGCGAUGCUACGGCCUGUGUUACCGGCUCAUGGCGUCGUCCGAGCCCGUCUCGGAGGAGCUCAUGCCCAUCGCCAACAAGCUCAACACGAUCAAGCGAUGUCUCAUCGAGGUGGCCAAGCAGGGCGGCCCGUUCACGACGCGCGACCUGUACCCGUUCCAGCUCGCGCUGUACCAGAUCGACUCGCUGCGCAAGGACGGCAAGUUCGAGGGCAGGGACGGGAGCAUCCCGGAGGGCCAGGCGAUCCUCAACGCGCUCCUGUCUGAAGCGCACGAGAUCAUCUCGAUGAUGCAGGAGGAGGGCGUCGAAUAGGCGGGCGACGAGCUCGCUGUUUGAGGUGCGCUUGGGUCGAGGUUGGUCGGCGGACGAGGUCGAGCGGGCAGUCCGUACUCUGUAGCCCUGCGAGCGUGCUCGCAUUCACUUCUCUCGCAU